CUCCAGAGGGGCCGGGCCAGCGCUCCGGGCCCGCUCGGAGCCGGAAGAUUUGGGGCGUUCCCAGGUGUUUCUGUGAGGGCGGCGGGUUCUUUCCGAAGGAGCCGGCGCGGAGGCCGCGUUGCGAGGCCGGGACUUGGGUCCGUCCUUGGCAAGGCGGGGGUCGGGAAGCUUGGAGCGCCCCUCGCGCUGCUGGAGAGCGGCGACGGAGGAGAUCCAGGGAAAAGCGAGACUGGAGACGCCCUCAGGAUGGCCUCCCCAGCUCUGCUCAUGCGUGUGGUCGCCUCUGCGUAUUCUGUGGCAGAAAAAGCUGCAACAAUUGUUAGAAGUGUAAUGUCUACAGGAGACCUGGGGAUAGUGGAGAAGGCUGGACCCAAUGACUUGCAGACCAAAGCUGACCGACUUGUACAAAUGAGCAUUUGUGCUUCCCUGGCACGGAAGUUUCCCAAGGUGACAAUCAUAGGAGAAGAAGAUCUGCCCACUGAUGAUGUAACUGAGGAAUUAAUUGAAGAUGGGCACUGUGAAGAAAUACUGAAGAAACCUUGUCCUGCUCAGUACACAGGAAUUAAAGAGGAAGAGCUUGUAAUAUGGGUUGAUCCCCUGGAUGGAACCAAGGAGUACACUGAAGGUCUCCUUGACCACGUAACGGUUCUUAUUGGAAUUGCAUAUGGAGGCAAAGCAAUAGCAGGAGUUAUUAACCAGCCAUAUUACAACUAUGAGGCAGGAGCUGGUGCUGUGUUGGGCAGGACAAUCUGGGGAGUCCUGGGCAUAGGUGCCUUUGGAUUUCAGCUCACAGAAGCACCUGCUGGCAAACACAUCAUCGUUACCACCCGUUCCCACAGCAGUGCCCUGGUAAAUGAGUGCAUCAGUGCCUUGAACCCAGACACUGUCAUCAGAGCUGGAGGAGCAGGAAACAAGGUCAUUCAACUUAUAGAAGGCAAGGCAUCUGCUUAUGUAUUUGCCAGCCCUGGGUGCAAGAAAUGGGAUACGUGUGCACCUGAAGCUAUUCUACAUGCUGUGGGAGGCAAGAUAACUGAUAUCCGUGGAAAUUCAUUUCAGUAUAACAAGGAAGUGAAACACAUGAAUUCAGCUGGGGUCCUCGCCACUUUGAGAAAUUAUGACUAUUAUGCCAGUCGUAUUCCUAACACUGUGAAAGAGUCUCUAGUGCCUUAAAGCAGGGAAGCAUCUUCACUUGGCCUGGAAGGCUGGGAAAGUGAACUUGGGGAAAAAGAAAGAAAGAAGAUAACUGAGCUUGAAAUCUUGUUUUAUAGAAUUUGAACUGAAUUCUUUUAUUAAGGUGUUCAGUAAUUUCAAAAUUACACGGAAUCCGUAAGUAAAUGUUGGAUCAGAUUGUUUUGCUGUUUUUAGUAGGCAACUUUAAAAUGGUCACAUUUCUUCAAUAGCUAUAUUCUGUAUUCAUUGGGAGUUUUCAUUCUUCAUGACUGUGCAUGAUAUACUGUAAAUCAUAACACUGCAGACCAAAAAUCAUCUAAAAAUUCUGGGCACAAAAUCACUUUAGUCAUUCACCUGAUCUUGCUCAAUGUAUGUAGGCAAUACAGGUUACUGUGUUAAAUACAAAUGGACUAAGGAUUUGCCUGGAUGGAUUUACUCAUUUGUUAUAAAGUUGCCAGUUUGAUUCUUAGAA